UGCAAUCUUCAGCAGGGAAGGGGUUAAUAAGGAAAAGGCAGCACAUUGCAUUGGUAAGAGGGGGAAGUUUCCUUCUAUGGGUUGGCAUGUAAGGGGAUCUGUAGGGACCAGCUGAGGAUCUGCAAGCUUGUAGAGAGAGCGAUCUUAUGGGCAGAGGGAAGACAGCAGUGCCAAUCUGUAAAGCUCCGCCUGUUCUCCCUAUGAAAGGAACUACAAUACAAUCCCAGCUCAGCAAGGAGGAUAGACUCCCACAGCAAGCAUAGUUGUAGUUCUCUGAGUGGCAAGUUAGUGACUGUAUCGCCUUUCAUUGCUGUCCAAGUCACCUAUAGAGGGCAGGAGGACCAAGGUGUGGGGGGAGAAAUGGAUUUCAUCUGGUAGACAGUCUCUUUUUUACCCCCCCAUGUCCUAGUGCUCUGCUCACACCAUCAGCGCUGACGUCCUCUCUUUUUUUCCUGCACUCUGUGGAAUUCUACACUUCAUCAGUCGCCAAUGAUUCGCAGAAGCAAGAAGCGCAGACUGGAGUGGUACCCAUCACCUCUGAAACUAUGCCUGAUUUAAAGAAGUCCGGAUCUGGAGCCUAGGCGUCCAUUCACCCCAAGUGAACAAGGCACAGGACGUCCUGGUCCCAGCUUCCCAUCCCCCCACCCUCCCCCUCCUCUUCUACUACCUUUACCUUUUGGUUUCUUUGGGAUGGAUGCAUUUAAUAACACUACCUCUUCAGACUAUUCUUCAGAGAAGGGGAAUGGUACCAAGUUCGAAGAGGUAGCCCUCAGCUACCAGAUCAUUACCUCCUUCUUCUUGGGCACACUGAUCCUCUGUGCGAUUUUUGGCAAUGCCUGUGUGGUCGCAGCCAUAGCCUUGGAAAGGACUCUACAGACGGUGGCCAACUAUCUCAUAGGUUCCUUGGCGGUCACCGACUUGAUGGUCUCAGUCUUGGUGUUACCCAUGGCGGCUCACAACCAAGUUCUCAACAAGUGGACUCUGGGCCAGGUAACCUGUGAUAUCUUUAUUUCUUUAGACGUUUUGUGUUGCACCUCUUCCAUUCUCCAUUUGUGUGCUAUAGCUUUGGACAGAUACUGGGCGAUCACAGACCCUAUAGACUAUGUGAACAAGCGGACUCCUAGGAGAGCUGCCAUUCUCAUUAGCAUAACCUGGAUAGUGGGCUUCUCAAUAUCCAUCCCACCCAUGUUGGGUUGGAGGACAUCUGAAGACAGGUCUGACCCUGAUGCUUGUAAAAUCAGUGAAGACCCAGGUUACACUAUCUACUCCACCUUUGGGGCUUUUUAUAUCCCGUUAAUUCUAAUGUUGAUAUUAUAUGGUAAGAUAUUUAAAGCAGCAAGGUUCAGGAUUCGUAAAACUGUUAAGAAAACUGAGAAGAAGAAAGUGGCAGACACUUCUCUGUCCAUCUCCCCAGCAACCAUCCUGAGGAAAAGCAAUGGGGAGCCCAGCAAGAACUGGAAGAGGAGUGUGGAGCCCAAACCCAACAACGCCUGUGUCAAUGGGGCAGUCAGGCUCAAUGAAGAUGGGGAUGCCAUGGAGAUCAUUGAGAUCCAUAAUGAUGCCAACUCUAAGAACCACCUUACGCUGCCAAACCAUUCAAGUGACAGCCUAUCUCCUACAUGCUUCGAGAAGAAGAAUGAGAGGAGCGCUGAUUCCAAGAGGAAAGUGGCACUGGCCAGGGAGAGAAAAACGGUUAAAACGCUAGGUAUCAUUAUGGGCACUUUCAUUUUUUGCUGGUUGCCAUUCUUUAUCGUUGCCCUGGUUUUACCAUUCUGUGAAUCCUGCCAUAUGCCACACUUGCUGUUCGAUGUCAUCAAUUGGCUAGGCUACUCAAACUCUCUCCUGAACCCUAUUAUUUAUGCUUAUUUUAAUAAAGAUUUCCAAAGUGCUUUUAAGAAAAUCAUCAAGUGCAAAUACUGUAGACAGUGAAGACGAUCCUGUUUGCUCUUGCCUGCCUUGUGCCCAUUACAGAAGCCCUUACUUUAAUGCUUGUUCCCUUGAAAGCCUUGAGCAACCGAGGAAGGGGAGGGGGAGGGGGUUUACACAUAUAAAAGUGACGGCAGAAAAAGACUAAGUAGUCCAUCGAGUUUGCCCACUUUUUUUUCAUACAUUUUUUUAUUUCUCUAUCUUUAUUUUUUUUGAUGGACUCAGACUAACAAAAUGCAUAAAUGUUGAACUAUGUAAAACCUAGGUUUAUUGGCUGCCAUUAUUUUAAUGUGAAUUUCUAUAGACUGUAUAUACAUAUAUAUAUAUUCAAUAUUUUUUCAUAGCCACUACAUGGCAGUCGGAUAAUUUUAAAAUUGUCUUUUGAAACAUAUUUGCACAGACCAAGAGGCUGAUGAACUGUUGCUUGUUGUUAUUUCAUGUUAACUAAACCAGGUGGCUUAAAGACCAUUGUACUGGCACAGGGAUGCCAUUAUGUAACAACUUUUAUUUUUUCCUCUGACCCCCUUAGUUGCAUUUGGAGGGAGUGAUGGGUAUUGUAGAUAGCCCCUUGUAUCCACUGCAAUACCCACCACUCAUCUCAGUUGCAUUAUUAUGAAAAAAAAAUCAUCCUAUGCAUAAGCUCAACUGUCUAUUUAAAUGAAAUAAGAUUGUCUUAAAAAAGGAAAACUCUAGAACAGUGAGUAUUGUAUGUAGACAUGUAAUUCUGGCCUGAAUGUACAGUAUUAAAUUGCAAUAUUCGCUGGUGAUCAUACAACUUGCAAGUUUAUUGCUAAUAAACUUUGCCUUGCAGUGCAAA